CAGAUUGGAUGCAAAAUGGCGAUGGAGGGGGUACCUGGAUCUUUGGGCACUAGAGUUGGCUGUUCUUUGAGAUUCGGACAGACCCUUUUUUCUUGUGCUUCUCUUCUCUUCAUGUCUUUGGGAGUCGAGUUCUAUAGCUACACUGCUUUCUGCUAUUUGGUAACAAUCAUGGGGCUGGUUAUUCCAUGGAGUUUUACAUUGGCAUUGGUGGAUGGGUACUCUGUUCUGGUUAGAUGUCCUGUUCGUCAGCCUGGAGUAUUGGUCAUAAUAGCUGCAGGAGAUUGGGUUUUGUCGGUUCUGACUCUAGCAGCGGCAUGUUCCACGGCUAGUGUCGUGGAUCUCCUUUUCAACUCCGGCUGGUCCUUUUGCGCUCCCAAGUGUUGCAGUAGAUAUCAACUCUCGGCUGUCAUGGCUUUUCUCACUUGGUUUCUGUCUUUGGCUUCAGCUCUUCUCAAUCUUUGGUUACUACCCUCCUUGUAAUUCUCUAGGUCUGGGAAUUUGUUUGUUUUCCACUAUAAUUGUAGCAUCUCAAGGUAAAUAUAGAUUACUAAGAGGCUUUUUGGAGCCACUAUUGUACAAUGAAUCACACAAUCACAAACUAAAGUGAA